AUGACAAAAGUACAGAGUUCAGAGCCAGGCCUGCCAUCCAGAUCGGAUAGCUUCCUGCGCAUGCUGGAGCUGGAGAAAAGGUACAAGAUGCAACGCAUCCAUGGUCAUGACCCCGCGACGAUCACCUCGCCAAGUACAAGUUCACCCUCCGCCCAGCCAAAUAGACCGUUUAAGGCUCGGCGUGCGAGCGGACAUCCUCCGCUUUCACACCAAACCCAGAUAAUGAAAGCCGUGCGGCGGAGCUCUGCCCUACCUUCGCUCUCAAUAUCUAUACCGCCUUCACCAACCGAGGGCCCUGUCGCCGGAGCGAAUGGACUUCCCGGGGACGUACCAUCGAAAAAGGAGGAACGCACCAAGACGGUGACAUUUUCGGACCCCGAGGAGGAAGACGACGGCGAUUCUUCCGAUCAAUCCUCCAUAUGUCAAUCGCCUAGUUGGGAGCAGUACGGUCGCAAGAAAAAGAAGAAGCCUAAGAAGCGGGACUCCGAGCAGGGUUCAAAAAGUAAGGAGGACAAACCCACGAACACCCUAAAGAAAAAAGGGAACAGAUUGAGCAAGGUUCCGCCACCGGGCGUAGAGUCAUUAGUGACGGCGGACCGAGCGCAAUCAGCCCCUGAGUUAGAUCUCUAUCUUAAAUCUAACGCUGCGCACCUAGACCACUCAGAUCCGAAUUUACCGGGCGCGAUGGCCAAUCCGAAGCUUGAUUCUAAGCCGAAGGGCAGAGGCUUCCUAUCAGGUUUUAGAUUACAGCACGGAAAUGUCGCGGCCGUACAGAAAAUUAUCGAAAGCCAGCGAGUGAGCAACGAUGGCAACCCACCUCAUCCUUCUAUUGCUGGGGUAGAACCCAGUUUCGUUAACCCCCGGAAGCCUCCUUCAAUUCGGUCAGGUGCAUCGAAUUCAACUCGAUCUAUUUCUUCGCUAGAUCAGCUACCACCAAGUGCCCGGCAUUCGUCUAGUUCAAGCCAUGGACGCUCUCAAUCACUCCUCACGUCUACCUUGAAUAAGCUAAAGGGACCGUCUUACUUGUAUUACCGACCCGGCGAGGGUCCCGAAGGUAUCCAAUUUCAGCGUCCCAGCAGCUCUCACGACCAGGAUAUGACAUCUGGCUGGCUGAGCGAUCAACCAGCACAACAGGCAAGACGACCUGCAGAAAAACGUCCGGAACGUGUCAAGGAGCCUCCCGCACCGCCCCACGAAUCUACUCAACCACUUCCCGAUUUUACGUUCCCGUCGAAACCUAAACGAGUCACUAGCCACCCCGCGCCCGACGUUGCUACUCGUCACGCUCGAGACCACACCCACCGGGAAGAAGCAAGAGACAUAAAUAGUGGGUAUGAAUCCGCGGAGCCCACUUCGUUCCGCAAUCGUCGCACUCAGAUGUCACCCCCACGUGCGCCAAGCCGUGAGCCGGUCAUUGAAAAGGAGAGACAACCCCGACCGGAACGUGUGCACCGAGCUCCGAGGCAACCUAUUGAAUAUUCAGAGGUCGACGAAAACCGCCCACAAAAGGCUAGGCAGCCUGAACGGGAGGUUCAGCAGAUUCAACACCAGCAACGUGUUCCUCGCCAAGUCAAUGGUUACGUGCAACCACACGUAGAAUCCUGGGCGGAAUCCAACCAUGAACCCGAACACAUCCCUUCUAACCACUACCACAUUUCGGACUUUGAUGGCGAGAGGCCCGACCAAUCCGAUGCUAGCCUUAGCCGGGAUGAAGACGAUAAGGUCUCAAUCGGCACCCAUGCGUCAACCAUUCGACCAGGGUCCCGAAGACAAGGCCAUGGAUCGCCUCUGACUGAUGGAAGGAAACACGUGACAUUCCCAUCCGGUGCAGACAAUAUAGGGAGAGCCGUUACAUCUGAUGAGGAAGCAGAGCCAAGACCUCCAAAACCGUUGAAGUCAUCGAAGCCGCAAAAUCCGGAGCAAUUUGACGAGGUAGAGGAGAUUAUACCAAUUCGAAAACCUGCGCGGUCGGAGAGAUCAGGCGAUUACUUUUCAUUCAUUAGUCAAGCAUACGCACCUCCUACUCUUGAAUUGCGGUCGCCCAUGGUAGAAGGCAAAUUCCCGUCUCCACGAAUUGAUGAAGAACCGGAGGAAGAUGAUGAUUUGGAUCACAUACUAAGACAUAUUCCGGUUAGAAGCCAAGUUCAUGAGAUAGCCACUCCAUCCGAAAGCUCAAAUCACACUGUGGCAUCGAACUCUAGCGCUGCAAGCAGAAUCGCAAGACAAAAGCCGGCUAAGAACUCGCCCUCUCUAUCAUCUCAUUAUUCCGAUAGCGAUGUGCCCGCUCUUGAACGCCUAGGAAUAUCGCCGAAAGCCGCGAGGAUUCUUGCAGGGGUCGAGACAUCAAGUACCUCCACGUCGCAAUCAAAUACAAAUCCAAGCCGAACCAAUUCCGAGAGAUCCUUAUCUUCCACAGGCGACGAUACCCCUCCAUCUCCAGCCUCAGCGCCAACACCGGAUAGUUCUCGGCCACAGUCGCACAAGGAACUUGCACUUCGUGCAGAUACGGGUAACAACGUAGUAAGAUCGAAUAUUGAUGACGAAGAGAAGACUCCACGAGGAAACUAUCGAGCCCCGAUCGUGGAGGCGCCCGUAAAACACGUCUCGCGAUCUGCUAGUAGGGACCAGAAAAUUCAGGAUGAUAAUUGGAGUCGAACCGCACUACCGAUCGACCUUGACGCUCAUUCCAUCGCCGCACCCAAGACCAAUGGCUUACCCUCAAGCCCUCCAUUGGUUGCAUCCCCCACCUCAGUCAACUUUACGGAAGACAUUAAGGGAAGUCUUAGUGAGGAGGAACUUGCGAACAGGACCCCGUACCCACAUUCCAUCCCACCUAGGGCUCAAUCUGCUCUCGAUAUCCAUUCGACGAGCUUUUUACCCGAUCUAAAGCAACAAAAUCCGUACCCGAAAAAGACCAAGGGCGGUGCGUCAUCGAUCAGCUUGCCUAGUUCACCCCCAGUUGAAUUAGUUGAUGGAGCUCCACGAAAGUCUGCAUUAAGGACAUCACGCAAGAACAGUUCCAACAGCGAAGAAUCAUCGGCCUUGGUCACUGGGGCCGCUUACCUCCAAGAGGCCAGGAAAGCUGUGCCAAUUCCGCCUGUUUCUUCAUCCCGAGCGCUGCGACCACACUACGCGCACAAGAACUCGUCGAACAGUAUUAAGAGCGUCGUUGGGCCCGAAGGUCGUGCGGAUCCACUAGCUAAGAUGCUAGUGGAGUGCUGUAACUGCAAGUUCUUCCACGACAUGCCUUCUAGAGUAUAUGAAUGCAUGGCGAAGCCCGAUUCCCUUGUCGAGGAUAAACUUCUCGGUGUUUCGGCUACGAUCACUACAAUGGUCAAGUGCCCAUGGUGUGCUCACGGCAUGACGACACAGUGUUGCUCAGGCUUUGCCGCCGUUGUCUAUCUGAAGGAAAAGCUACACGGAAAGUGA